GGAAAUAACGUCUUUGUUAAUCAUGUUAAAUAACAUUUUCUUUUUGCGUAAUUACAAUAUAUGAAGUCAACCUAGAAAACCUAGAACAUGGAACGCGGAGACACAAACACUGAGACGUCAAAGCUGCAAAAGCCUGAAAGAAACAAACGAAUAAAAGUGAUUUGUAUGGAUCCGUUUCACCUGCUCGUCCUCGUGGUCCAACUUACUAUCUGCCGCUGCAACUCCUCCCCCUCAGGUAGACGCAGACCCAUCACUUCUCUCCCAUCCUCACUGCAAACUGCACGACUUGGAGGCAUCAGCUGCGCCGGCCGCUCUGAGUCUGGCUGUCACUGUUGCAGGACCGGAGCUGGGAUGCCUGAGUCUCCCCUCAGCCCCACGGCAGCCCGUCAAACCCCAGCCAGCAGCCUCCUCACUCACACACACAACGGCGCCGGGGAGAGCGCGGCUAAUGGGGACUCCUGCAGCGGAGUGAGCGCAGAAAACUGGCAGAGUCUCCAACAUAAACAGGUGUUCCUGGCGAUGAUGGCUCCUCAGCAGAUCCAGCAGCUCCUCUCCACCAGCCAGCUGCAGGCGCUCAUCCACCAGAAGCAAGCGCUGCUGCUCCAGCAGCAGCAUCUAAAAGAGAUUUACAAGAAGCAACAGCAGCAGAUUCAUCUGCAAAUGCUCCAAAAGCAGCCCAGCAGGAAAACCCAGGAGCUGCCGGCGCAGCAGCUCCUCUUCCAGCAGCUCCUGCAGCUCCAGCAGCAGCUGCAGCUCCAGCGAGUCCAGGCACCGCUCGCGUCUCCUCCCGCCGUCUCUCCAGCCGGCUUCAGCCCAGCUGAGAUGCAGCAGAUGUGGGGGGAGGUCACAGAGGACCAGGCUCCAACGCAGGCCGUCCGCCCAGCGCUCGCUGCCGGGCCGGCGCCGGAGGGACCGGGCCGCCGGGCCGGCGACCGCCAGGCGUGUGCUCACGGGGCCCAACGAGCCGCUCUCUACGGUCACGGCGUGUGUAAUUGGCCCGGAUGCGAGUCGGCCUGUGAAAGCCUGAGCCAGUUCUUGGAGCACAUGGGCAGCGAACACACGCUGGACGACAGAAGCGCGGCCCAGUGCAGGGUCCAGAUGCAGGUGGUCCGGCAGCUGGAGCUUCAGCUCAGCAGAGAGCGGGAACGCCUGCGAGCCAUGAUGGCUCACCUGCGUCUGCCGCGCCCGGCGGCGCCCGCCGGCCCGGCGCCGGCCGACCCGGCCGCUGACCCGCACGGCGCACAGGUCAGUCCGGGCGCCGGCGCCGCUACGCUGCCCUCGCUCGUCUUGUCCGACGCCCCUCGGCCUCCGGGUCCGGGCGCCGCCGCCGCCGAGGAGCCGCCGGGCCGGGCCUCGUCCGGCGCCGGGGCCGCGAGGCAUCGCCACCACCCGCUGCUGUACCCGCUGUCUGCAGAGAACGAAUAUGAACUCUACAAGAACACAGACAUCCGACCACCGUUCACGUAUGCAACGCUGAUAAGACAGGCCAUCAUGGAGGCGUCCGACAUGCAGCUGACGCUCAACGAGAUCUACAACUGGUUCACGCGCACCUUCGCCUACUUCAGACGCAACGCUGCCACCUGGAAGAACGCCGUGCGCCACAACCUGAGCCUGCACAAGUGUUUCGUGCGCGUGGAGAACGUGAAGGGCGCCGUGUGGACGGUGGACGAGGCCGAGUUCCAGAGGAGGAGGUCCCAGAAGAUCACGGGGAGCCCAUCGCUGAUGAAAAGCGUGUCGUCCAGUCUGGCCUUCGGGACGGUUCUGAAUGCCAGUCUAGAGGCAGCACUGGCUGAAGCCGCGCUGCCAGGACUCAGCAGGGAGGCGGCGAGUGGAGGCUCCAGAGGCGAAACGCAGGGAAACCAGGGCGUCUCUGUGCACGUCCAGCACUCCCUCAAAGACGAAGCUCGACAUCUGAACGAGGAGCCGCCGACGCCGACCGUGACACCAGCUGACGUGACUAAAAAUGACAGCGAGCACAUGUUUGACCUUGACUGACCCUCGGCGGUGAGAAGGUCUCCGGCUAAAAAUAAUCAGCUGUAAAACAAGCCUCCAUUCAACAUUCAGGGACGUAGGCCACGGAGUGUGCAGCUUCAUGCCGUACGUGUGUCUCAGCAGCAGGAAAUUCUCACUAGAAAUGUCAAAUAUCUCCUUUGUAACAACGCGAUGAGUAUGAAAGCGACAAACAAAUAAUGUACAGCAUGAGAGCACGCAGAAGCUGAAUUAAUGCCCUUUAGGUAAAUACAGAAUAUUACAAAGGCCAAAAUUGAAAAAUGCCCAUUGUGUUUGUUGUGAUUGUUUAAUAGAAUGAACAGCUAACACCCCCCAAAUAAAUGUAUAGGUGGACAUUAGGUUGGUAAUAAAGUUAAAUUUGCUAAAGUGGAUUUUAUACAGUUUAAU